UUCGCUGAACCACUCCAUCAUAGAAGAUAAACACUUGCAAAGUUAAUCAUCGACGGAGUCACUCGCUGCGUUCUGCUACAAAAGCAGGCCAUCCGAAGAAAACAAUCCGACUAUUUACUUUUACCGAAACAGGGAAUACCGAAACCACACUACGUCGCCGUUUAGUCAAAGACCUGAAGAGAGUGGUGUGAGUAUGUGGCGACGAUGAUGGCACCGACACUCCAGUAUCGUCCAAAUAGUUUUUCCGUGCUGUCAAAGUCGAAAAUUAUGUUAAACUGUUCCGAUAACUGUUCGCGUGGUGAUAAAUAAUGAAUGAGAUGCAAGUGAAAACAACGCAUUGUCGAAUUUAGGACAUCUUGAUACCACAUUGUAGUAAUUUCAGUGUCACGGAGAGGUUCACUGGGUGGCGUUGAAGGUUUGUGCUGACUGGCGAUUGAACCGUUGCGGAUAUAUUCUUGCUGUUCAGGUAUUAUGAGAUUCUACAAGAAGAAAUGAAGUUAAUUCUUUUUCUAGUCUUAACAAUUCUAUUAACUAUUCAAUGGGUUUCUGCGACCGAAAUGAAUAAUACUACUAUGGUUACAAAAUUGGCUUCAAAUAAAGCGAGAUUUCUAAAAAUAUUGGAACAAAAACUAAAAAGUUUAUUAGGAAAAUUUAUAGGAGAAGAAAAUAAUGACUCCUUUAUAGGGAGGUGUUUUGGUGUUGCCAGAAAAUUGAAAUUUGCAAUGCCGUUAAUAAUAUUUGCGCUGGGAGUGAUAGUAACCGUCCUAGCCUUCCUCACGAUCUUCUCUCUGAAAACGUUGGGUCUCUUGGGUCUACUCAUACUCAUGAACGUCAGUGGAGCCGUGACGAAGUUAGCUGUCGCCUUUUCCAGUAAACAUGAAAAGAGUUCGAGUUCCCCACAAAAUGUGCACUUACAUGUUCAUCAGACCAAAGAUGGACAUUUUGAAUUAGGCCAUACUGCUCCUGGUUGGGAGGAUAGGAUAGGAAAAUAUGGGUCUUCUAGUGAAGUUCUGGAUAAUACGGAAAUUAGUAAUUUAUAUAGGAAAAUAUAUUUAAAUAAUCUUCUUUUAGGAAAUUACGGUCACAUGAACAGAUGACUGUAAAACAAUUUAUUUAUUUUUGUAACUGUGUAUGUGUGUAUAUGUAUAACUUUGUAAUUACAUAUUAUUUAUU